ACACACUGACCAUUAAUAGAGCAGCCUCCAAAGAAGUGGGUUUGCUUGAAGAUCAAGAAGAGGAGGAGAAGGAUGCCAUCUAUGGGAGAAGAAGAAAAACCAAUGAAGGAGCCUGUAAGAGUACACUUUGUUCUGGUGCAUGGAAUAAGUACAGGGAGUUGGUGUUGGUACAAAAUCAAGUGUCUGAUGGAGAAUUCUGGGUUGAAGGUCUCUUGUGUUGACCUUAAGAGUGCAGGAAUUGAUCCAUCUGAUGCCAAUUCUCUUCUCUCUUUUGAUGAUUACAAUCAGCCUCUCUUGGAUUUCAUGUCCUCUUUGCCUGAUCAUGAACAGGUAGUAUUGGUGGGGCAUAGUGCAGGAGGGCUAAGUGUGACACAGGCCACACACAAGUUUCCAAAGAAAAUAAGGUUAGCAGUGUAUGUAGCAGCAACAAUGAUCAAGUUGGGAUUCUUGACAGAUGAAGAUCUCAGAGAUGGAGUGCCUGAUUUAUCAGGGUUUGGUGAUGUGUACGAGUUAGGGUUUGGAUUAGGAAGUAAUCAACCCCCAACAAGUGCAUUGAUUAAAAGAGAACACCAAAAACCUAUUUGCUUCCAAAUGAGUCCUCAUGAGGAUUGUGCCCUAGCUUCCAUGCUGAUGAGGCCAGGCCCAUUAAUGGCAUUGACAGGAGCUAAGUUUAAAGACAUGGAAGAUGAUUGUAAUGAAGGGGCAGAGAGUGUGCCACGUGUGUACAUAAAAACAAGGUAUGAUCAUGUAGUGAAGCCAGAGCAACAAGAAGCUAUGAUCAAUAGAUGGCCACCAUCUGAGGUGUUUGUGCUGGAAAGUGACCACAGUCCCUUCUUUUCCACUCCUUUCCUUCUCUUUGGAUUGCUUCUUAAAGCUGCAACAUCCAUCUAGUGGAUUAUUGAAUAUACAACCUUUCUAUAUGUAUGUAUACAUUGUAUAAUUUGGUGUCUAUAAAAGUGCCUUCAUUGUAUUCUAAUUACUCCAUCAGUGGGGGGUUGUGAACGUAUUUGUAAGAAAUGAUGAGAAAGUUCUUCCAAGUCCUAUGGUGGUUAUUUUCAUUUUUCUAAUAAUAAAUUGUACUUUCACCAUUGA